GCAAGGACGCCACCAGCCUGGGCGUGAUGUUGGCGGGUAGAGGCCGGCCGCGCGGUCCGCGGAAGAAGGAGUGGCCUGGGCGGGGGACACGGACGAUGCCGCGCUGACGGAGAAGCCGGCCAGAGGAGCGAGAGGCACCAUGGAAAAAACUAGAACGAAGCAAGGAGAGAACGAGCACGUGCCCAUGAACAGCCCCUCCACGCAGAUCUACCAGUUGCAGGCGCUCGCCUCGGAACUCAAGACGGGCUUCACGGAAGCCAUGCAGGAGCUGUCACGGAUCCACCACGGGGAGUACGUCCUGGAGGAGAAGGUGAAGAGCUGCAAGUGCUCCAUGGACGAGCGGGUCACCGAGAUGAGGAAUUCUCUCAACUACUUCAAGGAAGAGCUGAGUAAUGCCAUGUCCAUGAUCCAGGCCAUCACCUCCAAGCAAGAAGAGAUGCAGCAGAAAAUCGAGCAGCUGCAGCAGGAGAAGCGGAGAGAAUCCCGGAAGGUGAAAGCCAAGAAGGCUCAGAAGGAGGAACACAGCACCCCGGGCCCGGCCGGCGGCAGCCCCUUCCGCUCCAUCAACACCCCCGAGCCCCUGCAGCCCAGCGAGGAGUUCCCCAGCCUGCUGCCCGCUCAGGCCUACGACAAAGCUGCUGAAUCCAGGGCUGUCCACGUCGGGGAAGGGAAUGUGAAGGCCGUGCUGGGCGCAGGAAUGAGCCCGGUGGCCCCGGAGCCGGAGGAGAGCCUCAAGGCGUGCCUGCCUGCCGACACCCCCACCCCAGGGCACCUCCCCUCAGGGCUGUGGCGCCAGCCCAAGGUGAAGGAGCGGGCCGAGGAGUACGCCACCAAGGACCGCCCAGACAAGCUCACGGAGGCCACGCCGGGCAGGCAUGGGGCGCUGGACACUGUGCUCUGCGAGCCCUCCCUGGCUGCUAAAAGGCAGACGGUGGCUCUGGAGCUGCUGGAGUCUGAGAGGAAGUACGUCAUCAACAUCUCUCUGAUCCUGAAGAUCAAGGCCACCUUCCAGGGCUCGGACGGCAAGAGGAACGCCAAGGAGAGGAGCCUCUUCCCAGGCUCCCUGCGGUACCUGGCGCAGCAGCACCUGGACCUGCUCCACGCCCUGCAGGAGAGGGUCCUCAAGUGGCCCCGCCAAGGCGUCCUUGGAGAUCUAUUCCUGAAGCUCACCAACGAUGAGAACAACUUCCUGGACUACUAUGUCGCCUACCUGCGGGACCUGCCCGAGUGCAUCGCACUGGUCCACGUGGUGGUCCUGAAGGAGGGUGACGAGGAGAUCAAGUCGGACAUCUACACGCUGUUCUUCCACAUCGUGCAGCGCAUCCCUGAGUACCUGAUCCACCUGCAGAACGUGCUGAAGUUCACGGAGCAGGAGCACCCCGACUACUACCUCCUGCUGGUGUGUGUGCAGCGCCUGCGCGUCUUCAUCGCCCACUACACGCUGCUCUUCCAGUGCAACGAGGACCUGCUCAUCCAGAAGCGGAAGAAGCUCAAGAAGUCGUCCAUGGCCAAGCUGUACAAGGGACUGGCCUCGCAGUGUGCCGGUGGUCAGGACGCAGCUACCGCGGGCCCUGAGGCUGUCCGGGACAGCGGCCUCCACCCUGAGGAGCUGCUGCAGCCCUACCCACCCGGGCCUGGUGGCGGGGCCCUCACGCACCUGCUGGCCCCCGCCAAGAAGGGCCCGCCGCCGAGCCUGCUGGAGAGCCUGGCGCCCGCCAAGCCCGGAGACUGGGAGCCCGACGGCCGCAAGCACCCGCGGCCCGAGUUCUGCGCGGCCGAGCCCGACGGGAAGGCGCUGGCCGGGCCGCUGCAGGCCAUCCCCGAGCUGGACUUCGAGCCCGCGCCGGCCGAGCUGGGCGCGGCCGAGCGCUCGCUGCGGGGCCCGGCCGAGCUGCUGGCGGACGCGCGCGGCGGCUUCGUGCCCGCCGCCUUCGACGAGUUCGAGUACGGCGGCGACCUGUUCGCGCUGCCCGCGCCCUACGACGACGAGCCCUUCCCCGCGCCCGCGCUCUUCGACGCCGGCUCGGCCGCCUCGUCCGAGUCCAGCCUGGACAUCUGCUUCCUGCGGCCCGUCAGCUUCGCCGCCGAGGCCGAGCGGCCCGAGCCCGCGCGGCUGCCCAGGAGCGCCGCGUCGCCCGCGCCCGGCGCCGCCGCCCACCCGCUGGACGCGGCGGCGCAGGCCCACGGCAAGGCCAAGCCGCUGAGCCGCUCGCUCAAGGAGUUCCCGCGCGCGCCCGCGGCCGACGGCGCCGCCCCGCGCCUCUACAGCGCGCGCAGCAGCAGCGGGGGGCGCGCGCCCCUCAAGGCCGAGCGCCCCGCGGCCCCGCACGCGCCCGCCCGCGCCGCGCCGCGGACCUUCUUCCCCCAGCAGAGGUCCCAGAGCGAAAAGCAGCCCUACCUGGAAGAGAUGCAUUUAGAAGAUGCCACCAGAUUCUGCCCAAAGGACGAGAGAGAAAGUGAACAAACAUCUUUCAGCGAUCAGAACCCCAGGCCAGACCAGAAAGGGGGGUUCCGCAGCUCCUUCCGCAAGCUCUUUAAAAAGAAAGAUGGGAACGCAGCUGGUGAAGAUUUCUGUGGUCCCUGGGGCUGGUGGUGACAUCAGAGCUUUCCCAUGUCCAGAUUUUAGGUCCAGUGGAUCAGAAUACAGGGAAAAAAC